CCCCCCCCCUUGCAGUUGGACGCUGAUCGGAGACAGGUGGGGUGCGGAGACCCGGCUGCUGUGAAGGCGGAGCUGGCUGCAGAGGGGCUCUCCCCUGGAGGAUCGGGCUGCGUCGAGGCGCCCCAUGGCGGCCGGCAGUGAUGCCCCCACGGCCCCGCCGUGCGCCCGGCUCGCUCGCCUCAAACGCUCCCGCCGUUUGGCGUUCCGCCUCCCCGUUGCGCUGCGGAUCAAGGCCCAGGCGCAGCUGCUCCGCCACUGUCCCCCGGAGCCAGGCGGGGCCACCGCAGCCCCCAGCCUGCCCUCCCCGGCCCCGGUGCCCCCCACCGGCGACCCCUACGGGGAGCGAGUGGAGCUGGCACUGCGGGAGGCGGAGGCGGCUCCGGAGCCGGCCCCCGAGGCCGGGCCUGGGUGCGAGGAGCUGACCUUGGACAAUCUGCUGGAGAUCGUGGCCCAGCUGGAGUACCACACCCACCCCGAGGAUGGGGUGGAGAUCUGCCCCCUCUUCCUCCUGGGCUGCUGCUUCUCCGGGGCCUGCUGCCCCCAGCACCACACCCUGCUGCCCUACCACUGGCAGCUGUGGCAGACGGCCAGCCUCCCGCCCGGCUGGCUGAGCGUUGGGCCUGAGGCCCAUGAGACGCUGGAGCGGCUCUACAGCGACCCCGAGCGCACCCUUGUGCGGGCCUCCUACCAGGGCGUCGCCUUCGACAUCGACCUGGUGGCCAUGCAGGUGUGGAACAGCCCCAGCUUCAGCCGGGUCCGGCGCCUCGGCACCUCGUCCAUGCCCGGCUCCCCCUUUGGCACCAGCCACGUCUACUACUGGCGAGCACUCGGCGGCUGGGAACCCUACAGCCAGCCCUUCACCGAGAGCAUCGAGGCGGCGCUGCGGAGCGGGCAGCAGGAGGCACUGUGCAGCACGGCCGAGCACAGCUACCAGCUUAACCUGCGGGCCGGCUACCAGCGCAACCUGGCCACGGGCACCCUGCGCCCCCUGCGGGCCCGGCCCGUCUUCCGCGCCCCCGCCCUGCUGCUGCCGGAGCUACGGAAGCAGAGCCACAUGAGCCGGCAGAUGUCCCCGGAGCAGCAGCUGCGGAACGAGCGUCACCUCUUCCACGGGACGGCGGCGGGCGCGGUGCCGGCCAUCUGCAAACACAACCUGGACCCCCGGCUGUCAGGGAAACACGCUGCCAUCUACGGGCAGGGCAGCUACUUCGCCCGCCGGGCCAGCUACUCCCACCGCUACGCGCCCCCCGCCGAGGCCGGCCUGCGCCAUGUCUUCCUCUGCAAGGUGCUGGUGGGGCGCUCGGCCCUGGGGCAGCCGGCCCUGCGCCGGCCCCCACCCCUGGACCCUGGCGACCCAGCCAACGACCUGUACGACUCGUGCGUGGACAGCCUGAGCGACCCCCAGAUCUACGUGGUCUUCGACAACGACCAGUGCUACCCCUACUUCCUCCUCCAGUACCGCGAGCUGGAGGAGGUGGUGAAGGUGGACUGAGGAGGAACCCAGGAGUCCUGCGGCCAACCCCAGCUGGAGUGAGGGGGAAAGAACCCAGGAGUCCUGCGGCUGCCCUCUGGAUUUUCCGGCUCUGUGUUCAAGGGAGGAUGGGGCUGCCCCCCCCAGGAGAUGACGGUGCGGGGUGGACACAAGGAUGCCGGAGGGACAGGACGUCCCGUGGAAGGGGCCAGUGCGGCCGUGAUUGGUCUGGAUUGGGUCUGGAAGUGAUGUCACGAGGCCCAACCCGUUCGCCCGGGGUCCAGCAGGAAGUGAUGUCAUUCUACAGCAGGCUGUGAUGUCACUGGACCCAACCCAGCCGCUCGGGGUCAUGCUACGGGACUCCAGCAGGAAGUGACGUCCGCCAAUGGGCUUGGCUGCUCGCAGGCCUUGAUGUCAUGUAUGAAAGCUACGCCAGGCCAUGAUGUCAUUACAGAGCCAACCAACGGGGUGCAGGACCAGUGGGAGGCCCCGCCCACUCUUACAAACCAGAUUCUGAUUGGGCGCAAACUAAGCGUGGCCCGCAGGAGGCCUCUCCCACUUUGCCAAACCUGCUCCCGAUUGGCGGAGAGGGCCGCCUUGCUGGGCUUGAACCCGGGACCUGCCUGCGGGCGUCUCCUGCUGCUUUACCAAGGGGGCGUGGGGCUGGUUGUAGGGUCCAGGCUUGGGCCUGGCUCCGGCGCC